UAGACCUAACGAGUAUGCACAUACAACUCAGACAUAAUGUGUUGUUUUCUGGCUUCAGUAAAUACACUAACCGAACGUCUCGCUCAAAGCUUGCCGUCGAGCAGUCCGGUCAAGUACAGGCCAAGCCAUCAGGUUCUCGGGCGCUUUCGGGAGAAUCCCAGGGUUUGGAUGGUUCGGAUUCGGAUGAUUCGGAUGACGCGCAGGUCAAAAGAAAAAAUGAAAGCGCCGUUUUCGAUGCGAUUUGGGCCGCUGCACGCGGUGGAUCGGAGUCGAUUAAGACUCGAAAAGCCCGUAUUUAUAGUGUUUCUGGUAAUAAGAAGUAUGGGACAACAAAGCGCACCCCGCUUCGCCCACCGGCUCAUCCGGAACCCUCCUCCAGGGACAACAGUGACGAGUGCGCGGCCUCACUGCAUUCGAACUCUAACAGUGCCGACGAUGCGCCGAAACCAAUCAAGACAAAAGGCCUUAAACGCAAUAUGUCGCGUCUUCCGCAAAAGGCUUCUGCAGCUAGUAAAGCCAAGCGCUCACGACAUCAUUCUGAGACGAACGUUCGCAAAAGUGUUGUCACUGCACAGGAAUCGCUGGAUGAACCGAUGCAUAGUCGACCUGUAUUUCGGGUGGAUACUUCGGAUGUUGUGCGUGAUGCCGCGGAAUCAGACACCAAUAAAUUUGGUGAUAAUGGAGUGAACGGUGACAAUUGCCAAAAUUCGGAUAGCUCAGCGCAGGCCGAAGAAAGAAAGGAACCAGUCAUUUUUGACGUAAAGUGGGACGCUAAAAGAGCUCGUUGUCCCCUGCCGAACUGCUCCGUGCCAAAGUAUCUUUCUAUGAGUAUGUAUACCAUGCAUCAGCACUUCCGAAAGGAGCACUUGAAGCAGUAUCCAAAGUAUCAGCUGCGCUUGCACUGCAGCUUGUGCUCGGAAAGCGGCUUUAACGGAGGACAGAUUCCCGAAUUGCGCCGCCACAUGGAACUGAAGCACGGAUGGAACGGUUGGAAUUCCGCUGUUUGAGUCCGCGUGACACUAGGAACUAACUGUACAUGGGAAGUUGUAACAGUGUCGUUAGUUCUGGUUCUCCUGAUAGUUUGUCAUGAUUUUCUACGGCCACCGUUUGCUAGGUUGACCAACAUAUGCACAGUUGUGCCAAUAACUGUUGUACAGCAUGAAAACUAACGGCACGAAUAUUUCAAUAUUUUCGAAUUGUUAUUUUGUUAUUUUCAAGACUUACUGAAUGGCUAUGCACGU